CUUUUUUUUUCAAUUUUCAUUGUUAUGGAUAUUCAGAGCUUACUUUGCCCUCCACUUUCCGAUUCGAUCCAGCAUAAGCAGGAAAGCUUGAUGGAUCAAACUCAUUACAUGAACAAGGACCCUUAUCCAUUGGAAUGUAUUCCACCGUGGUCAACCGCUGCAUUGACACCGACACCCUCCAAUGGUAGCAGCCCUUCUUCGGUGGGGACUUAUUUCUCAGCUCCGUCGUCACCGUCACUCGAUGCUAGUCCGUCCAUCUCACCCUGUCUUCUUCGUCCCGUGUCCAUGCCCCACCUUCCCAUGUAUCCUCAUGCCAUGACGACGGGGAUAAAGACCACGACACCUUCCUCUCCCUCUUUUUCUUCUUCUUCUUCGUAUACGGACAAGUGGACACGUGCUUCUACUCAGACACGAACACCGUGGACGCCUGAAGAAGAUUUCCUAUUGCAGCAGGGUUAUGCUCAGGGACUUUCGUGGGCCAUGAUUUCGACCACGUAUCUUCCGCACCGUUCUCGCGGUUGUUGCUGGGGUCGAUUCAAGACGUUGCAAGCAAAAGCCAUGGAACAUCGUGAGUGGUCCAACACCGAGGAUAAACUGCUUCUUCUCGCGGUGAAGAAACAUUCCAAGCUAUUCAGACACGCGUGGCAAUCGGUUGCACAAGAUAUGGGUGAACGCGCAUGGAGAGACUGUGAGAUUCGCUCCGCCAAAGUGUCCCACAUGAUCCGCAAACGCCAAUAUCAUGCCAGACACAGUUUCUAAGAACAAAGAAAAAAAAGCUGGUCUUUCUUUUGUUUAAUUUGGUCCUCGUUAAUUUAUGUUUACUCAGAGUCUUUAUUACCACCAUCUGUCAUCGAGACACUCCCACCGCAUCUUUUUAUAUCCCUCCCACACACACAUUCACCCACGCGUACACAUACACUUGCCACGAGCACACUACGCAAUUCCAUACACCGACAAUCUUUCUAUGUAAAAACUAAAAGUGCUAUUCCCUCAUAUGCUUUUUCCGCUUCCAUAAUGAUCCCCUCACUGAACAAACCCUUAUGUUCUAUUAUGUAAUCCCUUUUUAUCGAUAUUACUUUAAUUAUGUCUCCAGAACUGGCAUUGUGGCAUUUUACUUUUUAUUUAUAUUUAUUUAUUUUAACUCGCAUUGGCAUCAAAUGAAGAGAAGCAAAAAGAAAAAGGCGUUUCCAC